AUGGUCAAAGGGAAGGGAUUCGAUAAGCGUGAUUAUCUCUACCGACGAGCCCUUUUACUGCGAGAUGCCGAAAUCAGCGAGAAGAGAGCCAAACUGAGGGCUUCACUCGCUUCAGGAAAACCAUUGGACCCAGAAAUCGCCAACGACAAAUCCCUGAGGAAAGAUUAUCAAUAUGAUGAAUCCCGCGAUCUUACUACAAAUGAGCAGCUGGACCUGGACGACGAGUAUGCGCAGCUAUCUGGCAUCGUCGACCCUCGAGUUCUUGUAACGACCUCUCGCGACCCUUCGGCCAGAUUAUCAGCCUUUGCAAAGGAAAUCAGACUUCUUCUACCAACUUCUAUUCGCAUGAACCGUGGUAACCUUAUCUUGCCCGACCUUGUCAAGUCUGCCCAGUCCGCAGGCCUGUCUGAUAUGCUCCUACUUCACGAACAUCGCGGUACUCCUACGGCUCUGACGAUUUCUCAUUUACCUCACGGACCGACAGUCUCAUUCUCCCUGCACAACGUUGUUCUCCGCCACGAUAUCCCUGGCAGUAUUCGAGGAACGGUGUCAGAGGCAUACCCUCACCUGAUCUUUGACGGCUUUACAACUCGCCUGGGAGAACGGGUUGUCAAGGUGCUGAAGCAUCUAUUCCCUCCUAGAGAACCAAUUACCAGCAAGAACAAGGUUGGCAACCGGGUAGUCACAUUUAAGAACAUCGACGACAGCAUCGAAGUCAGACAUCACGUUUUUGUACGGACGGGUUACGACAGCGUUGAGCUGUCCGAAGUCGGUCCCCGAAUGACAAUGAGAGUAUUCGAAAUUCGCGGAGGUACUCUGGAGAAUAAAGAGGGUGACGUCGAGUGGCAUUUGUCGCAAUAUACUCGAACAUCUAGGAAGAAGAAUUAUCUCUGAGCGGGUCGUCCGCUGGUCAGCCUCGUCCUUUUUCGUCUUCUUGGCACACUGAGGCGCUGUUCCUGAGGCUUCGUGGUCCAGUUGUUGGCGGACUCGAAACACUAUUUUUAGCGCCACCGAUUGUGGCGGAUCUUAAUGCGCAAAUUCUGAUACACGCGGCCAUUUUGACUUUGGCUGCAGCAGCGAGGUUGGACUUUUGACUCACAGUCAGCGCCAUGUUAAGGGAGCUUCGCCACGAUGGCGACGUAACCGAAGAGACAUUGGAUCCUGUUAUUGGCUCAUAAUGGCCGAAUUAUGUGCGCAGUGUUGAAAGGCAGCAUCAUGAGAUUGACGAUUGUAUAUAACGAAGUUUGCGAUCAUGUGUACAUACUAGUAAUAAUACAGGGAGAAGAUAUCCAGUAUAAUUUCAUUA